CUUCUUCGGGAAAACGCCCCAGCUCUCCCCGUACACCCUACUCCUCCUCUACAGCAGCUCCACAGCAGUAACGCACCGGAGUCUGCGCCUCUCCAACGCCGCACUGAUCCACGGAGCUGCUAAAGAAGGGCGCUUAUGGCGUAAUUGCGCUCCUGUUUACCUUAACGCUGUAAAUUUUAUGGAGAAAGAAGAAGGCGAAGUUGGAAAAAAAGGGGGCAAUGUACUAGUCGAGAGUCGGGACGCGUGUUUUCCUUGCACCGGAACAUCCAAUUUCUGAUCAUUUAUUCCCUCCCACCCGCACGCACCCGCCUCCACUUUGUCCCGUUUAACCUGAAGCCACUUGGCCCCGUGCCGAGGGACAUAUAGAGAGGCUCUCUGACCUCCGUUGCAUCCCACCUGGUCCUCAUCCUGAGCAUCUGGCUGGAAGGGUAGUCGUCGUGUUCCGAGGAUGCCGAACAGGCUCAAGACGCAGUCCUGAAGAUUGAUGGAGGGCCAUGCUAUUCAAACAGCAGGCAUUGCUGAGACAGAAGCUCUUCGUUCUGGGCAGCCUCGCUAUCGGAAGUGUCCUCUAUCUCGUGGCCAGGGUUGGGACCUUGGAUAGGCUACAGCCCAUUUGCCCCAUUGAGAGCCGACUACCCCAUCCUGAGCUAGAGCAGAUCCCUCUCCGCACCUUGCAGUUCAAGCGCGGCCUGCUCCAUGAAUUGCGCAAGGGCAAUGCCACCAAAGAGCAAAUCCGCCUGCACAACCUGGUCCAGCAGCUGCCGCGGGCCAUCAUCAUCGGGGUGCGUAAGGGGGGAACCCGCGCCCUGCUGGAGAUGCUCAACCUGCAUCCGGCGGUGGUCAAGGCCUCGCAGGAGAUCCACUUCUUCGACAAUGACCAGAAUUACGGCCGGGGCAUCGACUGGUACCGCGAGAAAAUGCCCUUCUCUUUCCCCCACCAGAUCACCAUUGAGAAGAGCCCCGCUUACUUCAUCACAGAGGAGGUCCCCGAACGCAUCUUCAAGAUGAACUCCUCCAUCAAGCUGCUGAUCAUCGUACGCGAGCCCACCACCAGGGCGGUGUCCGACUACACGCAGGUGCUGGAGGGCAAGGAGCGCAAAAACAAGACCUACCACAAGUUCGAGAAGCUGGCCGUGGACUCCGGCACCUGCGAGGUCAACACAAAGUACAAAGCGGUGCGGACCAGCAUCUACACCAAACACUUGGAGCGCUGGCUCAAGUUCUUCCCCGUGGAGCAGUUCCACAUCGUGGACGGUGACCGCCUUAUCACGGACCCGCUGCCGGAGCUGCAGCUCGUCGAGCGCUUCCUUGAGCUGCCCUCGAGGAUCAGCAGGUACAACCUGUACUUCAACGCCACCAGGGGGUUCUACUGCCUGCGAUUCAACAUUGUCUUCAACAAGUGCCUGGCGGGCAGCAAGGGCCGCAUCCAUCCAGAGGUGGACCCGUCGGUGGUGACUAAAUUGCAACGGUUCUUCCACCCAUUCAAUCAGAAGUUCUACCAGAUCACUGGCAGGACCUUCAACUGGCCGUGACCACGGCUUGGGAUCCUCCAGUGAGAUUCCCCGACUGUUUUUGUUGUUGUUGUUUAGAAAGGCAAGGCUGUGAGAUCUCAAAUUAAAAUGUUAACAGCACUUUGAGUUUAAUACAGGAUUGACAGUGUGACCAAAUAUAAAAAGGGACUUGAUGCUUGAAUGUGUGUGAAACAAAAUAACUUGAUGGUUUGACUAAAAUAAUUGGUUUGCUUAAUCUUGCAAGUUAAGUGAUUUGUCCCUCAUCGUUCCCCAUACGGAGGGAAGAAAAGCCGCACCGAGCUCUUUAAUUAACAGAAGACAUUAUUUUUUUUGUUGCUCUUUAAAAGACUAUCAAACGCUGACAUUCAUGCUGUUUUUUCUCCCAGUACAAUGAGCAAAAGAUAUCUAAGUUACAUUUCAUAAGCAACAUAGUUGUUCAUUUAUUCCCCCCAUGUUGUUUAUUUGACCAAAUCCGUCACUUUUAACAUUGGAGACUCCUGUGUUAGUCGUCUUCUGUUCAAAUUGGUUUCUGCCACGUUUUUAUGUUAUGUUAUGAACCCAUCUGAAGGUGACCUCAUCUCAUUCCCAACCCAGCACCCAGUCUGAAGCACAGAACCGCUUCAUCAGAAAUGGUUCUUGUAUUUAAAGACUCCAGCUUUUGUUUUUUUUAACAUACAUUUCCUGGCACAACAGCCAUAGGGGGGGGGGGGGUUGUCCUCUGAUGAUUGUCGUCAAACCAACUGUUUAUUCUUUGCUGAUGUGUCUGUUACUGUGCAAAUACU